AUGAGCCAACCACCUCCAACUAAUAAUCAAGAGGCAACAUCUUCUUGCUCAGCAACAGAGGACUCCACAAACGAGAGUGUACAAAUGACCAUUCCAUCGGACAACAGACAAAGAUCAGCCUCAAGAACUCGUGAUGGUCCUCUCUCUCCAACAGUAAAAACUGCAGUUCCGAGCGAUGUAUGGGACCUCACUCAUCGUCAUCAUCACCAUGGCAAGAAGGCACCAUCGCACAGCUCUUCUCAAACCAAAUUAGAAAGUUUGAAGGAUACUACAUCAUCUCUUCAUAAAUCACCUUCUGGUUUGUUGUCUGUGAAAGAUACCACUGUGAAUCACAAGAACAAUACUCAUAAUCAUCAUUCAAGUCCAAAAACUAAACUUAGUUUGGACAUUAUUCGAAAAUUACCAAAAGCCGAGCUACAUCGUCAUUUGGAUGGAUCUGUUCGUGUUGAGACAAUUGUUGAACUUGCUAAGGAACAAGGAGUUCAAUUACCAACAUUUGAUGUCGAAGAAUUGAGAAAACUUGUCAGUGUUUCAAACGAUUGUUCUUCCCUUGUUGAAUAUUUACGUGGAUUUGACAUUUCUCUGUCUGUCAUGCAAAAGAGAUACAGUAUUACUAGAAUUAUGUAUGAAGUAUGUGAAGAUGCUUGGAAUGAUGGUGUGAAAUAUUUAGAAGUCAGAUUUUCACCAAUUCUUCACACUAAGGGAGGCCUCUCUUUGUCGUCGGUCAUGGAAGCUGUUGUCGCUGGACGUGUCAUGGCAGAAAUGAAUUUGGGAAUAAUUUGUAGAAUUAUUGUUUCAGGUAUGAGACAAUUGGACAGCAAAAUCACUCGUCAACUCGCUGAAAUUGCAUGGCGUUAUAGAGAUCGUGGAGUUGCUGCUUUCGAUCUUGCAGGUCCAGAGAAUGGCUUUUCCUCAAAAAAUCAUGCAGCUGCCUUUGAAUUGGUUCAUCGUAGAAUGCUAAAUUGCACUCUACACAGUGGUGAGGCAAGUGGUUGGGAAUCUGUUCAAGACAGUCUCCGAUUUUGUGGUGCUCAACGUAUUGGCCAUGGUGUUGCAUUGAAGGAAAACCCUGAAUUGACACAAUAUUGUGCAAAUCACAGAAUUCCUAUCGAAGUUUGUAUCACGAGUAAUCUUCAAACAAAGGCGAUCACAAAGUUUGAGGAACAUCCUAUUCGUGAAUUUUUCGAUUAUGGUCUCGUAUUGGUACCAUGUACUGAUAACACAACAGUGAGCAAUGUGACACUCUCCCAAGAAUACUUGUUGAUUCAAGAACAGUUUGGCUUCUCCAUUAAGGACCUCAUUCGAUUGAUUGAUUACGGUUUCCGUUCUGCAUUCUUGGACUUGUCGAUCAAGAAUAGACUUCGAGCUGAUGCUCUUCACACAAUACAGGUCAUUCUCUCCAAUGAAGGAUACGACUUGACAAGCGCAUUCUCUGCGAAAUCGGCUGUUGAUCUUGGCUUUGAUUUUAACAAUCGAGCUGAAGUUCUUGGAGUUGACUAUGACUUGUACAAGAGUGAAACCAUGAGACAAUUUAUUAAUGCAAUUCCAAAAGCUGAUGUUAAUUGUAGAUUCAAUGGUUCUGUUUCCAUUGAUACCUUGUGGACCAAUUAUACCCGUGACGAAUAUUCCACCGAGUUCAUUAACUUGGAAUUGGAAAUGUUAGGCCUCGAAAGAUUCACAACCAAAAACGAAUUGGAAAUGCUCAUUCGACCACCUGGAACCAACCACAACAAGCACACCAUUGAUCGUGCCGUUCAUGUCAUGUCCUUAUUCUUACAAACCAAAUCUCAAAUUAUUCGAGGUUGUGAAGACAUUUUAGAAAAGGCAGCUGCUGAUAAUGUGGCCUAUAUUGAAUUACAAAUUCGUCCAACCAUGCACACAAAGAGAGGACUCAAUCCACAAGAGGUGUUAGACAUGAUUAUCGUGAGUACCAACGAAUGUAGUAAGAGACACAAUAUUCAAGUAGGAUUGGUCGUUUAUGGAGAUCAUACUUCAGAUGGUGUCGAUCAAUUGAAAGAAUUGGCUCUCCUCACCAUUCGAAACAAGAAGAAUUUGUGUGGAUUUGGAUUCUUUGGUUUCAAUGAUGAAAAGGGAGACAUCUCUGAUGAUUUAAUUCCUGUUUUCAACAUGCUCAAGAAUCAUCAAAUUAGUGUUUGUUGCAGUGCUGGAUUUUAUAAUCCCAUGAGUGUCAUUCCAGCCAUUCACGAUGUUGGUGCUUCACGAUUGAGUGGAUGCUUCUCCAUUCACAAAGACCCCUCUGUGAUGAGUUAUUUGGCCAAUAAUGGCGUUCCAAUUGAAAUUAGUAUGACAGAUACGUUGCGUCGAUUGACUAAAGAUGUUGAUGAAUUUGCAGGUUCUGCUGUGAGACUCUUCUUGGAUCGAGGAAUUAAGGUAGCUCCAUGUUCAUUGGAUCUUACAUUGUAUAACAUGACAAGAUCUGAGAAUUUCUAUAAUAUGGCGAAAGAAUGUAAUUUGAGUUUGAAUGAGGUUGUUCAACUCAUGCUCAUUGGAUUCCGUAUUUGUUAUCAAAACUAUUGGACUAGAAAGGAAAUGUUUGUGGAUGCCUAUCACAAAAUGUUGAAAUUUGCCGAUGAACUCAAAAUUCCAUUCGAUACCGAUAGUUUCUCAUUAUUCUGUACUUCCUAUGCUCCUUUCAAUAAGGAUUAG